AUGUGUUUCACUCUGCUCUCUGCGCACAGUGGAUAUAACAAUCUGGCCUGGGGCGAUAUCCAGAACACCCUCACCACAGACGAGAUCAACGCUGGCGAUGCCAAGGACCCCAAUGGUGUGCAGAACAACGACCAUCCCAAGGUGUACGUUGCGUGGUCGAAGCACCCCAAUUUUGACACUCGCAACACGGGAUGGAAUGAUCCGGCCAGCCAGUCAUUGGAUGACGCUUUCCGCAGUGACGACUGGUGGUACUAUGUUGAUCCGCAGUACUAUAUUCGCUCGGAUAAUAGUACAGAAGCUGGUCAAGUCCUGGGGUCAGCGGAUUGGGGUCAUGCGACGAGUAACCCGCCAUUGGUGCAGGCGAGUGUGUGCGAUGCGUCGUAG